AUGGGCACCCAGCUGCAGCCCGCCCAAUGGUCUAGUGUGACUUCCGGCAAACCAGCGAGUGCACCAGCGCUCGUCCCGGCAUCAUUUCAUGAUUCCGACGACGAGGACCCUACUCAGGACCACAUUCCAAUAGACAUCUAUCAGCACUUUGGGCUCCCUCCAGGCACUCCGAUUUGCCUCGAUAGUCUUGAGGAUCCUCCUCCAGGCGUAAAGCCAGCGUACACUUAUGCGACUCUCGUUAAACUUGCAAUUUGGUCCAGUCCGCAACGUAAACUGACACUCUCAGGAAUUUAUGAGGCAUUGGAGCGGAGAUUUUCGUGGUUCCGCGAGUGCGAAAACCCAUCAGCGUGGAAGACAUCUAUCCGGCAUAGUCUUUCGUUAAUGGCUGUCUUCGUUAAACUCCCAAUGGACAUUCAUGUUCCUGGAAAGGGUUGCAAUUGGACCGUCGAC